AUGUCGUCCAAGUCGACGCAAAAGAAAAUGCUCGCGCAGGGAUUGCAACGACGUGCCCUCGCCGCCGCGAAAGUGAACGGGGACAAGUCCCAAUCGACCACCUCGCAACAGGGCGCGGGUCCAAAGGUUCCGGAGCCGGUCAUGAGUGAUGAAGAGGACAGUGAAAGUGAUGAGGAUGAUGAGGAUGCCGAGGACGAGGCGGGUGCAGCUCUGGCUUUCGAUUCGGAGGAUGACGAAGACGAGAGCGACGACGAGGAUGAUGAUGAGGAUAGUGAGGAGGAAAAAGAUGAUAUCACCGAGGAAGGGUGGAACAAGAUGAUGGAACUCUUGGGUGAUGUCGACCCGGCUGAACUGGGUUUGGAUGUCGAAGGAGACGAGGACGAUCAGGAGGAAGAGGGAGACGAGUUCAUCGAGGGGGAGGAAGAUGACGAAGACGAGGACGAGGACGACGAAGAGGACGAGGAAGACAGUGACGAGGGCGAGGAAAAGCUCUACGAAGACCUCGAUGACGAAGAGGUCGGCGAUGAUGCCGAUCUCGUCCCUGUCGAGCGCGAAACACUCAGGAACGAUGUGAGCCUGCUCUCCUAUCCCUGGCCGAUCCGUGCUUUCGUUGGCUCAUCCGUAUCUGCUCGCUUCUUCUCAGGCCGCACUCGAGCGUAUUCUGGCCACCAUUAAGCUGCCGACGACCUUCUUUGACACUUUGGCCCUUGCGAACCCGAAUUCAUCUGCCGAGAUCGACGCUGACAACGAUCUCGAACGGGAGCUGGCCUUGUGAGUUUCGGUUCUACGAGUCUAUCACUCGCGGAUUACAUCCGUUCGCUCAUCCUUGUCCCAUUCUCCCAUUCAAAUCGCAGCUACAAGCAAGCUCUUUGGGCCGCCCAGGAAGCCGAGAAGUGCUUCAACAAAGCUUCGCUUCCCUUUUUCCGCCCCGCGGACUACUUUGCCGAGAUGAUCAAGACGGACGCACACAUGGCGAACCUGCGUCAAAAGCUGCUCGACGAACAAGCGGGCAUGAAGGCGUCCGAAGAUGCGCGCAAGUUACGUGAUGCCAAGAAGUUUGGCAAGAAGGUGCAAGUCGAGAGGCUCAAGGAGAGGGAGAAGGAGAAGAAGGAGGUCGGCAAGCGAUUGGACAGCCUCAAGAAGAGUCAGCUAUUUUGCUCUCGGUUUUCGGAAUGGCAAAAAAAUGUUGACUCUGAUCCGUUUGAUACUCUACAGGGCGCAAGGGUGGGGAAGGCUUCGCUUCGACCGAGGACUUCGACAUCGCCCUCGAAGACGCCAUCGCCGGCCCGUCCAAAAAGCGCAAGGUCGUGGAGUCCGAACGAGGUGGGCGUGGUGGCCGAGGAGGCAAGAUCUCGCGACGAGGCCGCGACAACAAGUUCGGGAACCCGACUAGCUCGCGACGACCCAAGGAGAACAACUUCAAAGCUGAUGGCGAUGGAGGCGAGAGGGGGCCGAGGGGUGGGCGAGGAGGCCGAGGUGGAGGACGUGGUGGACGUGGUGGGGGUCGAGGUGGGGCUAGCAGGGGCGGUGCAAAGAGGUUGGGCAAGAGUAGGAGAUCGUAG